ACAACCACAACACCGCCAUCACUACCACCCAGUCGAACUCACACCUUCGACUUGAGCUCUGCCUUCGAUGUAUAUGAGGACCUCCAGACGCCGCCAGCUACACGUUAGACCUUCUCCCCGCGCCGGGGUUACGGCCAUACCACAAACAUGUCAUUACCCGUCGCCAUUCAGUCGGCCAUAUUCUACUACCUCGCAUGUACACCAUGUAACGAGAUGAAGGCGUUCCGGAAGGCCAAGAAGAAGGCCAAGGAAGACAGAGAGAUCAAGAGGAAGAUCGAAAUGGAGCAGCCAGGAUUGUACAGCCACCCGGACCCCUUCCAUACCAACCCCUUCUGGGCCGAGGAGAUGGCUGCCGGCCCGCACCUGCCCAAGAAGUCGGGAAGCAAGAAUACGAGUCAGAGAGGCCUGGCGAGUGCUGGCAGGGCGAGCACGACCGCCAGUUUUGGAUGUGCCAGCACCGUCGUCGAUAGCACCAGUCCCGCGACACCGACAACGAGUACCGAGACGGCCCGGAAGCUGUCCGGUGACGGGUGGAACAGGGCCUUGUACCAGCGAGAGGACGAGGAGCUUUGGGGCCACAACUUCACCGGAAUGGGCCACAAGCUCAUGGACAACAUUGCCAAGGCCGGGAACACGGCGGGGCGUUACGUCGAGGAGAAGCUGGGACUCGAGAAACCCAUCACGGACGAGGACCGUGACAACUUUUACCGUACGCCCAAAAACCCACCCGUCAACGAAUACCACCCGCCCAUCGUAGGGAGCAAGCCCUCUCGCCCGGACGCCCUCAAGUGGAUGCUGCAGCCGCCCCCGCCAGCCAAGCUCAUGGAAGGCCGUGUUCCCGUCGCGAGAACCGUGAGUACUAGUACUGUCGGGAGCAGGAGGACCAUGGCAUCCGAAGAGCCACCCCUAGACAGAGUAGUCCGUGAAAGGGCUAUUAGGAAGAAGCUGCGGCAGGGGGAGAAGCCCCGUAAGGAAGAGACGCCUUCAGAGUCGGAGUUGAUCGAGUCGCUUAUCGGCGGACGGUCCCGGAGGGCCACGGUCUCGAGCAGGGGUUGGUCGACCCGCAGCCGAAGUCUCUCGCUAGAGUCCGAAGUGUCUUCAGAUGGCGAACUAGUGGAGCGGCGAAGGUUAGCUCGCGCCAGGCGUGUUCCCAUGACCGCCGAAGAGAGUUCUUCGGAUGACGACGACUUCACCCAACACCGCACCUGGGACUCGCUCGGAAAGUCGAGCCCUCAGAAGCGGCCCCAACUGGAAACGAUAAACAGCUCUCGCGCCAACACUAGACAGGCGUUGAAGGCACGGCCAAACGGCACCAAGGCCGACGCCGCGUCAAAAGCCACCUCUGAUAUCACACCCAAGGCGUCAGCCAACCCUAUCGCUACCCGCACAGCUGACGAAAACACGCCCACCACUGUCACCACUACAACGACGGUAUCAUGAUGUUGAAAGACGCCACCGAGUCUGAGGCGCAGCAUCCAACACUCUUAAUGGCCCUUUUUUUCCUCUUUGGGCCAUCAUCCACUGCAUUACUACUCCUAUGGAUGGGCAUAGCGUUCAGGACUGGAGCAUUUGCAUUACUGGGAAACGGAACCGGCAUCGGCGUUAUGAGAGAUGUGUGCAAAAGCAGCAAGCAUACGGCUUUGGGUUUCUGAAAUGACGGUUCUCUGUGUUUUGGUCUUUGCUUGUUGACGUUGCGUUGAUGCAACAAGGGUAAACAGUAUAUCUGGCCCUUUCUGCUUCCAUUCUUCACUUCUACGGCCUCUAACAUCUGGUCCUCGCGCAGAGUCGCGAUGAAACUUGUUCCCUUUCUUCUUCUUUUUUAUCGUGGCAUGGCUAGCAAGCAAGCAAGCAAGCAAGCAAUAGUAGGAAUACGAGGGUAUUAUCUCCUUUUUCCCGAUGACCUCUUUUUUACUUUUCUU